GGUGACGCUCGGAGCUGGGAAGCCACGGGGAUGACUCCUUCCCGGGGUGCAUUGGAACAGGCAGGCAGAGCUGCCCAGGGGUUUGCAGCUCCCCAUGGCCGACACAUCUUGGGAAGAGCUCCCAGAAGCGUGCGCGGCUGCGGUGGCCCUCGCUGGGCAGCGGUGACAGUAACGCGGAGAACCGGAUACCUCCCGUCUCAUGCCAUUGCGGAAACAUGUCGGAAGUGCCAGGGGCUGUGGAAGGAGCACAUGAACCUCACCUGCGAGCAGCUGGCUGAGAAGGAUGACAUCAAAUACAGGACGUCCAUAGAAGAGAAAAUGACAGCCGCCCGAAUUAGAAAAUGCCACAAGUGUGGGACUGGCCUCAUUAAAUCGGAGGGUUGCAACCGCAUGUCCUGCCGUUGCGGUGCUCAGAUGUGCUACCUCUGCCGGGCUGCCAUUAACGGGUACGACCACUUCUGCCAACACCCCCGGUCGCCUGGGGCUCCCUGCCAGGACUGUGCAAAGUGCUCUCUCUGGACAGAUCCCACAGAAGAUGAUGAGAAGAUAAUCCAGGAGAUUCAGAAAGAGGCCGAAGAGGAGCAAAGGAAGAAAAACGGAGAGAACAGCUUCAAGCGGAUCGGCCCUCCCGCGGAAAAGCCCAUGGAGAAAAUCCAACGAAUCGAAGUCAUCCCCAGACCUGUUCCUCAGAACCUCCAUCAACCCCGGAUGCCCCCUUACCCCUUCAUGCACCCUCCCUUCCCGCUCCCUCCUGUCCGUCCCAUGUACAAUAACAUCCCCCUCAACAUCGGCCCUAUCCCUGCUCCCUACGUCCCCCCGUUGCCUAACAUGAGGGUGAACUAUGAUUUUCCCCAGAUCAAUGUUCAGCUGGAGCACAACUUGCCUAUGCACUUUGGCCCUCAGCCUCGACAUCGGUUCUGACGUGGGUUCAGACAGCACUUGGCGUAGAGUCACUGCAGGGCAAAGCCACCCCAGGAACAUCACCCCCCCCUCCUGCUCCAGCCCCUCUCGGCGUAGCCAGCUGCAAGGGGACCUGCUCUGGCUCAUGCCUACCUGCACUGUACCCCUCUCUAGAGCUUCUCCGAACCUUUGCAAUCAAACAUUUCAACCUGUGCUGCAACAGGGCUUGGUGCUGCAUUUCCAAGGGGUCUCUCCCUGUGUUGGGCACCCAGAUAUUUUGAUUUGACAAAGCCUGUUCAGGCAGCUGUUGGGAGGGAAGGUGAGUCUUUUUGGAGCGCGGGGAUGCAGCCUUUCCUCGGGGACUUUCCAAAAAUCCUACCUUCCUGCUGGCCAGAGCAGCUGCCACACGGUCAAGUGAGUCUUGGGGGAAGGGAGGAGAGAUUUGGCAUCUGAGUAAGACCUUCAGGAACAAGGUAACAGGAGUCAGCUGCCCUAGCCUUCUGCCUGCCGAGAGGCACGAGGCAGAGAUUCCCACGUCCUCCGGCAUCCCUGUAACCUGUUAGCGCCUCCCAGCAGAAAUAAAUCGUUCAAAACAAAAGUCAGUCUAGUGUUUUUAGCAUUCAUCGCUCUGUAAGUGGAGUGAGGGGAUGCAGCAGCCAUCUCGUUGCCGAGAUCUUGGUAGGAAGCUCGGAGCCAUGUUCUGUCUCAGGGCUUUAGGAAGUAGAAGAAGACUCGGGCACGCUGAUCUUAGGCUGAACAGGAUUUGCCCCCUUUGAAAGGUUUGGUUGGGGUUUUUUUCCCCAGGUAUGGGUGCCCCUCAACUUCCAAAACUUGGCCUUUGCUUUGCUGUUCUCAUCCGGCAUCUCAAAUCCUCCUCUGCCAGAAGUUGUCGAGCAGUUGGUUGCGGCACCUGGAGCCUAAGCUGCACCCUUCAUUGCAAAAAGUGCUUGGGCAAACACCCGGGUAGAUGUGUAGACAGUUGUGUGUGAUGUGUGCUGUGGCAGAAAAAUUAAGGAACUGCCCCUGUAGUUGUGCCCGCAGGCAGCGGUGAGCUGGGAGCCCCCUCAGCCGACCCCCUUGCAGCUGUAGCCUUGUGCUGCAGGAAGCUGGCUGCUUCCGCGGCGCUUAAUAACUUCUGAAAAAUGUGUGUUUCAGCUUAAUUGGCUUCUGAAAAACACGUUAAAAGGCAAAUGUGAGUAGUGCUGGGUUUAGGAAAAGCAAAACUUGGAAGAAGCAGAGGGUGCAGUUGCCGGGCUGUGGGAGGAGCGUUGGCCCAAAGCCCUUUCCCCACCGCCCCGGGCUGUACUGGCUGGUACAGGCCCCCUUUCG